CGGCUCUGUCGAUCUCGAAUCAUUAUGGUUUGAGGGUCAAGGUUUUGUUGACUCGUCAGGUGAGAUAUGUCUUAUCUAGCUUCGGGACAUCGGCGUCCGGGCGAUCAUAUAGCCUCAAGCUCUUCGUACAGCGUCAUUGUUUUCUUGGCUCAAGCGAGCGAUCAUUCCACCGAAAACUUCGUGAAUCUUUGCAUCAACAUCCUCGUCCACGGCAGAGACUUCAAAUGUGUCUCGCACGGUGACCAUGACUGAUGGUAGUGGAAACCAACUAUCCUUCGCAUGGGUCGAAUAUGAUCCUCGAGCAUUGAAAGAACGUCGAGCCGCGGGAGUCUACACACAACAGCGACGAGUCGUGCGAGCUCAUGUCGCGCACACAUCUUCUGGAGCAAGAAAAGCUACCAUCGCAAGGAAAGUGUCCAUCGCGAAAGCCUCAGGAUCAAGAAAAGCAACAAAAGGAUCGGGAAAAGUCGACAAACAGGAUACGGCAGAUAGAGCGGCUUACGACACGAUCUCCCUCCUCUUCUCACGACUCCGCUCCCGCGAUGCCCAUGCCGUCGCCUCCAUGGCGCAAAAAGCCGAUCGCAUCCUGCUCUGGAACGCCUUCACCGGUGGUAACACAUGUUUCGAAGCCGCAUUGUUCGUCGCAGGGACUUUCGCCAACACUUGUGGUGUGACUCGACAUGAACUACACGCUGGAUUCGGUAGUGGUCAAUUAUUCCUCCGUGGCGCGUCUCUAGAGGGCGUUCAGCAAGCUAUCAUCCACAACUCGAAGGACAGUCUGAACUCGAUAUCGAUCGCGUUACUUGCUGGUUGGGAACGCCGUUUCGGGGAUCAACAGUCAUACGAAGUACACCUACAAGCGUGGAAAGCUCUACCACUCGCGCUCGGUUCGCUGGAGGAUGGGAGCAUCGCUGCUUUGGCAGAUGUAGCGUUGACAUGUUUCCAAGAGGCUACGCAAGAGAGAUACAUCGCCGAAGCAACGUCUUCCGCAACAAGGUCCCUCAUCUAUGGCACAGUACUUCCUGAGGGUCUACCUUCUGGCUUCCACGUUGUCCCAGGCGAGGUUCCAGAGGCUCUAAGCUUGCUCAGUAUCGUUGCUCGAUGCGCGACGUUCGAAUAUACUGGCUUGCACUCUGUCCAAACGUACCGGAAACUCGUCAUCGAGACAAUAUCCUGGAGCGCCAGCCAUUCCAUCUCUCCAGAGCCAGUUGAUUCAUAUGAGGAGGCUUGGGACCAGACAGAUCUAAACGCUCUUUACCACAUUCGCUCAGCCUUGAUAUCCGCAAACGGUUUCAUCUUGUUGGCGGCUGUCGAGGCACACAGCCUAGAGUGGCAGUUCAACGUCCAGUUGGGCAUUCAUAUUCAUGCUGAAGCGGCUCGAAACUUGAAGACCCACCAGCUGAUGGGCACGAAAUACCAGGAUAUUGCGAUAUGGGCAAAGAUGACCAUGGAGAGUCACGCGAUCCCGAGCCAGAGCGGUGACGAACACAUGAGUGGUCUGAUGAGAUCCACAGGCAUCAGGACUUGGGAUCAGAUGGAUGCACUGCUCAGGCGACACGUUUACAGAGAAGAGCUGGUAGCUCAAAAGUACAGACGAUUGUUUGAUGCACUUGUAUAUUAGCGACAGAAAUCUAACGACAGACCACGAUUAUAGACGCAUUGCAAGAUUGAAUUGACUUCUCUUUGCUUUCUCCUUCUACAGGCCGCAUGAUCCAAUCUCUUCCACCAUCAAUAAAUAUGUGCGUACCAGGUCAUGUCGGGAAAAUUGUAGUGCUUCAAACUUGUUCCCAGGAAAGGAUAGCCUAGCGGUAGCCGAUUGGACACUUGCAGUGGUCCUAAGGAGUCUGAUGAAGUCGCAUCGUAUCAUUUU